AUGUGGCCCAUAAAUCAACUAAAAUUGGAAGGUGUUUUAGAGGGGCGUAUAUUAUCACAGGAAAUUCCCCAUGUGGCCAUUUAUUUGGAUAUGAGUUGUUUGAAAUCGUCUAAUAUAUUAAGAAAGGUCACUGGCAUUCCCUUAACGGCUCCGCAAAAUGACCUCUUGAACCAUUUAAGUUCCAUUAAAGAGAAACAUAUUGACGCAGUAGCCAAGUUUGGUUUUCAGUACAUGAUGAUAUUAAAAGAGAAUCUGGAAUGCGAAUUUCGUUACAAUUUCACAAAUAUAUGGAGUCGUACCGAAAUAAGUGGCGGUUGUAUUGGUGCUGUCGGUAUAGAUAACUCGGCCGAUAUUGCUUCAACGCCUUUUAUUUCCACCACGAAUCGUUUGAAGUACGCGCAAGCCCUAAUUAAGUUAGGUACUUUUCGCCAUGUAUGUAUAUUUCGAACCCCUCGUAAUGCUGGUAUACAGGGUGCUGUAAUUAUAGAACCAUUUUCGGUAACCGUGUGGAUCUUAUUCGGCGCCAUGCUAAUAUUAAUAUCUAUACUAUUGUGGUGGACAUUUUAUGUAGAAUUUCAUCGAAUGAAAACCGUUUUGGGUUUUGUACCAUCAUUUCUUACCACCUGUUUGAUUUCUUUGGGUUCGGCCUGCAACCAGGGUAGUUUCCUAAUACCCAGUUCUGUGGGUGGACGCCUAGUAUUCAUAACUAUGACUUUGUUGACCUUUAUUUUAUAUAAUUAUUAUACCUCGAUAGUGGUAGCUAAACUGUUGGGUUCACCGCUUAAAUCGAAUAUUAAAACAUUGGGCCAACUGGCCGAUAGUAAUUUGGAAGUGGGUUUAGAGCCAGCACCCUACACAAAGUCCUAUUUAAAUUAUUCACCCUUACCCGAAGUCAAAAGUUUUGCACGCAAUAAAAUCGAUUACCGACAUGAUCCUGAGAGUGUUUGGAUGAAUGUCAAUGAUGGGCUGAGGCGCGUGCGUAAAGAACAUGGUUUUGUUUAUGUCAUAGAUGCUUUUACUGGUUAUGAUUUAAUAGAAAAUACCUAUACAGCCAAAGAAAUUUGUGAUCUCAAUGAAAUACCCUUUAGACCCGAACAGCCUAUGUACCAGCAUUUGCCGAAGAACUCUUCGUACAGGGAAAUUAUUAAAUUAAAACUGACUCGCAUUUUGGAAUCCGGAAUCCAUAGACGACAUUCCCAUCUGUGGGUGAAGGAGAAACUGAAUUGUUAUUUAUCGAGUACCUUCUUGGUUCAAGUAGGUUUGGAAUACACCGCUCCCUUGUUUAUGAUGAUGGUAGUAGCAUAUAUUUCGGCGUUUGUUGUAAUGUUCCUGGAAAUUAUAUGGUUCAAAUAUCAGAAAAACUCCAUGAACCGCAAUUCUUCAGCUAUGAAAAAGUUCUAAAGGAAGUGAAGGCAUUCAGAAGACAUCGAAAAUUUUUUAAGAAAUUUUAAAAG